GGCGGCACCACGUGUACUAUGUUGACUGUCAAAGUCUUGGGGAAACCCAAGUCCCGGAAGUUGUGUUUUUUGAGGGACAUUUCUGCGUUCGAGUGCCCGGGAUCUGCGAAUUCCCAAACAUGAGCGCCCCAGGCGUGCUGUCCUUUACCCAGCAGGGCUGGGAGCAGGUGCUGGCCAAAAUGAAACGGGCUAUUGUCUACCUGGACGCCGCUAUUGCCGAGAGUCUGCACUGGAGCUGCGGAUCCACCCGGCUCCUGGAGGCGAUAGGGGGUCCUGCGUGUCACCUGCGGGAGUUCGAGCCCACAGCAGCUGGUGGCGGAGCGGAGCAGUUUAAGGCGGUGUUUGUGCUAAGCUGUCUGCUCAAAGGCCGGACCGUGGAGACUCUGCGGGACAUCAUCUGCCGCAGUCAUUUCCAAUAUUGUGUGGUGGUCACCGCGGUGAGCCACGCUGUCCACCUCACGGCUAACCACGUGCCGGCAGCGGCAGCGGCGGAGAUGGAGGGACUGCCGGUAUUUGAGCAGCUGGAGGAGAAGCUGUGUGAGUGGAUGGGCAACAUGAACUACACCGCCGAGGUGCUGCAUGCCCCGUUGUUACUUGCUCCUGUUGCUCCCUACCUUGCCUUGACUCCAGCUUUUGCUUCCCUGUUUCCAUUGCUUCCCCAGGAUGUGCAUCUUCUUAAUAGUAUCCGACCCGACAAGAAGAAACUGGGAAGCCUGGGUGAGGUGGAUGCCCCUGCCCUGACCUCUGAGCUGUUGCUGCAGAUCAGAUGCCUGGUGUCAGGCCUCAGUUCUCUGUGUGAACAUUUAGGGGUAAAGGAGGAGUGUUUUGCCGUGGGUUCCCUCAGUCGGAUCAUCGCUGGAGAUCUGGCCAAUUAUGCUCCUGCCAAGAACAGGAGGAAAACCGUCACUGGCAGGGCGUCAGUAGUCUUUGUGGACAGAACUUUGGAUCUCACAGGAGCAGUAGGACAUCAUGGAGAUAGCUUGGUAGAGAAGAUUUUUUCAGUGCUUCCCCAGCUUCCAGGCCACACCAAUGAUGUGAUGGUUAACAUGGUGGACCUCACAGCUCUCCACACUGAGGAUGAGAAUCAGAAUGUGGUAGCCCCAGGCUGUCUUGCACAAGCCAAUGACCCUUCAGCGAAAGCUCUGUGGGAAGCCUUACUGAACACCAAGCACAAAGAGGCAGUGAUGGAAGUCCGGAGACAUCUAGUGGAAGCAGCAAGCAGGGAAAACCUGCCAAUCAAGAUGAGUAUGGGGAGAGUCACUCCGGGACAACUCACUUCCUAUAUCCAGCUCUUCAAGAACAAUCUCAAAGCUCUCGUGAAUCACUGUGGGCUCCUACAACUUGGGUUGGCCACAGUUCAAACCCUGAAACACCCACAGACUGCCAAGUGGGACAACUUCCUGGCUUUUGAAAGGCUCCUUCUUCAGAGCAUUGGGGAGUCCACCAUGGCUGUAGUGUUAAAUCAGCUGCUGCCCAUGAUUAAGCCUUUGAACCAGAGGACCAAUGAUGACUACAAUCUUGAAGAGCUGUUGAUCCUACUGAUAUAUAUUUACUCUAUCACUGGGGAGUUCACUGUGGACAAAGAUCUGGGGGAAGCUGAAGAAAAAGUGAAGAAAGCACUGACUCAGGCCUUUUGUGAGGAGUCUGAAUUGUCACCUUUGCUGCAAAAGAUCACAGGUUGUGACUCUUCAAUUAACCUGACAUUUCACAAGUCCAAAAUUGCUGUGGAUGCCCUCUUUACUUCGCUUUGGGAUAUGGCUGGAGCUCGGAAUCUCAUGAAACAGUUUAAAUCUGUGUAUGUUCCUGGAGAUCAUACCCACCAGGCGUCUUACAAGCCUUUGUUGAAACAGGUCGUGGAGGAAAUAUUUCAUCCUGAGAGGCCAGAUCCAGUUGAUAUUGAGCACAUGUCUUCAGGCCUGACUGAUCUUCUUAAAACUGGAUUCAGCAUGUUCAUGAAGGUGAGCCGGCCUCAUCCCAGCGACCACCCUCUCCUGAUCCUCUUCGUGGUGGGCGGGGUCACGAUCUCUGAAGCCAAAAUGGUCAAAGACCUUGUGCUGUCACUGAAACCAGGAACCCAGAUCAUCGUGCUGUCCACGAGACUUCUGAAGCCACUCCACAUUCCGGAGCUGCUCUUUGCCACUGACCGGCUGCAUCCAGACCUUGGCUUCUGAGCUUCUGUGGAGAUGAGACCCACCUGAGCUGGGAUAUACUUGCCUGUCACCACUCAAGACACGCCCAGUCUAAGGUUCCCAUUACUAGUUGCACGGACGGACUUGGCCCUUGGGAAUGGAUUGACAGUGAAGUACCAUGCUUGAUUGCUGCAUUUCCUAAAAUGUUGUGUUUUGUUUUGUUUUUUUCCUAGAGGCAUUAAACUGUCUCUCAGCUGACCUAGUUAGUGAUAAUUCUCCUUAACCGUCUCCUUAACCCUCUGUUUGAGAUUUUCCUGCCUUCACCUGCAAGUUGAUGAAUUCUAAAUACCUGCCUGUUGCUAGAUCACAAGCUAUUUGAUGUGUAGUUGCUCAAGAUGUUAGAUGCGUUUUAGAAUUAUGAGUGUGAGGAAAGUUUGGUUUUUCUUAAGAUUAUAUAACUGAGGAGGGACCAUCACACGGAGGAUCUGAGGCUUUGUUUUUCUCUUGAUCUGAGAUCUUGAUUCUGCAUGGCAGGGGAGGUGGCCACAAGGCAGGGCUGUAGUUUGCCCGCUGGAAAUGGCAUCCUGGCAAAAAGGGCUCAGUUGUUCUGCCUGCUCGGCUGGCAGAGCUGCCAGCCCACUGGAAUAGGAGUCAGAGAAGUCAACUGAAGGGCCACUUCCCAACGGCACACCAAGGGAAGACCCCAUUAAAGGCAACUGAUCCCCAGGCUUUUGAUUGGAACUCAACUCUGCGAUUUUUGUGAUUUAAUUUCUAUUGAAAUACAGAACUACUUUUCCAGAAAUUGGAAAUUUCCCUUUGACAUAAGCAGAAACACCUAGACCCACCAAAUGAAAUUAUAUAAGGAUUUUGGCAAUAGCGAAAUGCUUGGAACCCAUACAUUUAUAGGUGUGUGGUUGAUGGAAAAUUCUAGCAUUUCUAAAAGAUUUUUGUGAUAGAGUUUAAGCUGAAUAACAGUUCUAAUGGGGAAUAAACAGAGGAAAUAAAAUAUAAACUAAACAUUACAUGUCUUGAUUUUAAUCCUCUACAGGCAACUGUCAGUUUAUGAAAAACACUGAAGUUGGAAAUCAUCCUAAGACUGAAUUAAAGCAAGUUUUACAGACACCCAUGUUUUUCUUGCCCAAGUAUCUUUUCCACCCCACAUCAGGUCUUUCCAAGUGCUGAAAUAUUGCAGACUUUGGUUGCUUGUUUCAUUCCACUAACCUAGAAGUUUUGAACUUAAAUAAAGAAGAAAAUAGCACAGUCCAAAAGGAUAAUUAAACAGACCUUGCUAUUCUCUAAUAAUAAAAAAAUUAAGAAGUAACCUGUUCAGUCAGUCAUUCCCAGACAGGGGUGAGCACCUGGCAUGUUGCAGGAGCUUGCCCUGCUUGGUUUCAGGCCUUGGGGCUGCCUGAGGCAGGCGUGUCCCUGACUUGGCUCUCACAGAAGAGCAGCUGCUGCUUCUGCUGAUGCUGGAGCCUGUAACAGUUUCUACUUAAGAUUAAGUUUUAAACCAUAUGUCAGUACACAGAGCAAACUCUAGAAAUAUCACAGCCAAACUGCUAACAAGCAGCUACCUCAGGGAAGGACCCUAGAAUGUAUGGGUUAAGAAAGGUAUCCUGGCCCUCCCUGGUGGCGCAGCAGUUUAA